AUGACAGGACUUAAUUUAGCUGGAAAGAACAUUUUAGUAACCGGGGCCGGGAGGGGUUUAGGCCGAGCUAUUGCCGUUGCCCUUGCUGAGCAUGGCAGCAAAGUGUUUGCUCUAAGCCGCACCCCAUCCAUCCUAGAAUCACUUGUAAAAGAACAACCGAGUAUAGAACGGAUUGUGGCUGAUGUUUCGUGCUGGGAAGAGACUAGAUGUAAACUUGAAGACCUCAGAACGAUGGCUGGAAUAUAUACCACGGACCCGGCUACUAUGGUGACGAAAGAAAAAAUAUAUAAGGUGUUGGAUACAAACUUUCUCGGUGUUAUCAACUGUUCGCAAGUAGUUGCAAGUAAAAUGAUCCAAGAUGAAAAGCCGGGAUCUAUAGUAAAUGUGUCGAGUAUUACUAGAUUAUUAUAUCUAGCCUAA